AUGAGUGCAGAAACAAUUGACCUCAAGGAUAUACAUGAUUUUCUGAUAGAACUAGCUUCCAAGGCUGGAGAAAUCAUUACCAAUGCCUUGCCGAACACAGGAAGGACAGGGUCAAAGAAGAACAGUGAGUUUCCAGUCUGUGCCCAGCUGCGUUUAAGAUUUCAUGGCGAGGAGACAUAUGACCCUGCAAGUCCACUAACUGAUGCCCCCACAUUCGUCGUCGAUCCCAUCGACGGUACAGUCAAUUUUGUGCACGGAUUCCCAUAUGCAUGCAUCUCUCUCGGCUUUGCGAUCGACAGGAAACCGGUCGUUGGUGUUGUUUACAAUCCAUUCAACAAUACCCUCUACUCCGCCAUCCGUGGAGAAGGGGCGUAUUUAAAUCGCAACACCAAACUUCCGCUCGACGCUAGGAGCCUUGAGCCAUUGAAUGGCCUAGAGAAUGCUCUCAUCGGCGUUGAGUGGGGUUCCGAGAGAGCAGGCAAGAAUUGGGCGACGAAGGUACGGACAUUUGAAAAACUCGGUAAAACCAAGGAUGAUGGUGGUGCAAUGGUACGCUCAAUGCGUAGCAUGGGCUCAGCUGCAUUAAACCUUUGCGCGGUCGCAUGUGGGAAUCUCGACUUGUAUUGGGAAGGUGGUUGCUGGGCGUGGGAUGUUUGCGCUGGCUGGGUCAUUCUGACAGAAGCUGGCGGUAUAAUCGUGGACGGCAACCCUGGCAACUGGGAAGCCAGCGUUGAUGGGCGAAAGUAUCUCGCAGUCCGAGGAUCGCCAAAUCGAGCAGGACAGAAGGAGCUAAUCGAGGAGUUUUGGGGGCAUAUACAAUGCCAUCUCGAGUAUUGA